AAGCAUUAGUGGAGAUGAAUGAACCUCCCCCUGCAUGUGGCUCUGCAGAUAAUCUCGGAGUGACUCACUGCUGCCCGAAAACGAUUGCAUUAAUCGAAUGACCAGCGUAGCGGAGCUGCACAUCUCAACCGCGGAGCAGUAACCCAGCUUAAAACUAGGCGCAACAACAAAAAAAAAGGGAGUCAACUAUCUCAGUUUACGCGCAGCCACGUCCAAUCCAGACAUUAUUCAAAGAAGUUGCGCAAGAGAAAGUGAUACCAAACAAGGCGGCGACUGAUCUGCGGAGUCUCACGGGUGAAGAAGCAAGAACAAAGUUUUAGCUGGAUCAAAAGGAAAAAAAAAAAAGAUGUCUAAACCCAAUUACUCUGGCACGUAUCAUAUGAUGGACGCGGACAACAUGGACGCCUACCUUGCAGCUUUAGCACUCUGCGCCCCAGACAAAGCUCUGCCUCACCAAAGCCUUCGCUUGUGGCUCCUGAAAUUUCCUCCCUGUCUUUUCUCAGAUAUCAAUUUUGCCUUGAGGAAGAUUGUGUGUCUGUUGAAGCCCACAAAAGAGAUCACCCACGACCCGGCAACGGGAGCCAUGAAAAUCCGCACACUCACCACCUUCAAGAACUUCAACAUGGAUUUCACUAUUGGAAAGGAGUUCACCGAAGACCUGGGGCCAGUGGAUGGUCGUACCUGUCAGACCACAGUGAGCUGGGAAGGAGACAAGCUGGUUUGUGUACAGCGGGGCGAGAAAGAGGGACGAGGCUGGACGCACUGGCUGGAGGGUGACAAGCUGCAUUUGGAGAUGAGAGUUCAAGGCGUCAUCGCCAAGCAAGUCUUCAAAAAGGCGGACUGAAGUCACCCACUGACUCUCUCAGUGUGUGUUCCCUGUGGCUGUGCUGUGCGCGACAAAAGACAAAAGCUCUCCUUUAACAAAGUUUAGCUCAUGCCCCGUGAAAUUUCCCCCGUCUCCUCUCAGAUAUUAACGUUGCUCCGAGGAAGACUUGUAUCUGUAGAAUCCCACUAAAGGAAUCCCUCGUGACCCGACAGUGGGAGCUAGUGAAGGAUUUUAACAUGGAUUUCUCUACUGGAAAAGAGUUUACUUCAGAAUUGUGUCAAUAACCUCAUAGAAAAGUAGAUGUCACAAUAAUACAGCCACAUCUGUAGCAGUUUUAUUACAAUCAAUAUCAUUUUGAAGGAUCAGAAUAAGGCUCAAUGUUUGUGAAAAUACUGUCAUACUGUGUCCGGCCUGGUGGCAAUAACAGAAGAACAGAAGAUUGCAAAAGAGCAAAAUGGCUUUGUAAACAUUCCCAACUUCCUCAUAUUGCACUGUCUUCACAAUGUUAUAAACAGUUCCCACAUCUGA